AUGCUGCUGAAGCUGCACACGAAGUCCGACGCGCGCUGGCGUUGCACCAUGCUGAUGUCGCUCUGUGGGAGUUCGGAACAGGUCAGCAAGAUAUUGUCGAGAUUUGAUGGGCAGCCAGACCUUGGAAUAAUAGGCCCGUGGUCACUAACAUGGACGUGGGAUACACCAGUAGAGGAGACUUACGAGAAGAAGGGGGGCAAUGCCUUUACAAUGCUCGACGGCCAGAAACAAAUGGAAGACUAUAUGAAAAGGGUGUGGGCCGACAUAUUCCAGAACAGUAGUUUUCCUGCCCGCGAUCAGUACCUCAUGGCCGCAGGUUCUAUGUAUUGGGCACGCUCCGCACCGCUAUUGGAAAAUGUGCAGUUCAGGGAUGCAGCUUCUCGAUGGAUUGAAUCAUGGACCACGAAGCCCUACAAGACUGCGUGCUCAGAAGAUGUUUGUUUACAGUUAUAUGCACUGGAGCGGAUCAUGCUAACAAUGAUCCAGGCACGAUAUGGUUUUGUUGGUGCAGAGGCGCCAGACAAAUACGGCUUGGAUAAGAGUAAUCGAGCAUAUCGGCUGACAUUUCGAGAACAUGGAUGGAACACUGACAAGAACAGAUACGUGUGCCAGCGAUUGUCUGCGAAUCGUUGA